CCGGCUUCCCGGGGUCUACCCUCCGGGAGAGCCACCGGGCCCGCGCGGGACCAUGAAAGAGCCCCUCCUGGACAUGGAGAGGCUGGAAUUCCGGCUCAGCCUGGCCCCGGGCCUCCGUUGCCAGAAGCAAACUGACCUGGUGCCCGUGUGCCGGACGUGCCAGACGUGCCUGCUGGCCCGGAUAGUCUUCGUCACCCGGGAGUGGUUCCAGAGGUCCGCCGCAGGGCACCAGAGGAAGUUCCUGGUCGGCAUCUUCCAACGGCUGAAGAGCCCCGGGCUGCUGACCUCCGUCUGGACUCUCCUGGGCCCCUCGCAGGGGAAGGACUUCCUGCACGCCCGCACCUACCUUGGCCCCAGGCCGGCCGAGGAGGCCGGAGGCUCCCCGCUGGGCCACGUGCCGAGGAAGGAGAAGCUGGAGGCCGUGACGCUGGCGACCUGGAAGUGGUUCGCUCGGCAAUCCUACUGGACCAAAGCCAACUUCACCGUCCACCUCCUGCAGAUGUGCAGCCCGGCCCUCUUGAAUUUCGCUGCCUCUCUGCUGAGGGACCAGGCUAGGCUGGUGGACGUGGAGCAGAAGGCAAGAGCAGAGCGCAUAGUCAACAUCCCAGGUGACGCCUCCAAACGUGAGAUUAAAUUAAUUUCCAAGAGAGGAAAACACUCGUCGUCUUCCGAUAGCUCUUGGGAUUCCUCCUCUGACACCCAGAUCAUUCGUUCUGCGGUCUCUCCUGAAAAGCAAGCAUUCCUGCAGUACAUCUUCCAAGAGGCGGAUAUAAACCUCAGUGAAACCCGGUCCAGGGCGGAGAAGCUGAAUUCGAGGUUUGAGGAGGAGGAGGAGGAGAAGGUCCUUCGCGUAGAGCCCGGUCUGCUGUUGGAGACCAAGGUCCUCCCGGCUAUCACCACAAGACCCGCCUCUCUCUGGCGAUCAACCAGAUUUUCCCAGUACAUGGAUUUUAUCCGCUACCUGCCCAUCCAUCUCUCCAAGUACAUCUUAGGUCUUCUGGACCCAAGCUCUUUGAAUAAGUGUAUCUCUGUUAGCCGCCACUGGGCAUUUCUGGCCCGACAAGUCAAACAGGACCACGUGACCCAGAAGUCCCUUCAGGAGUUGAUUGUCUUGCUGCAGGGAUCCUAUCCUCGGGGAAUAAAUCCAUCCUAUGCCAGCUGGCACCUCAUUCCAGUGCCCAAGGUCACUGAAGAUGGGGAGAUCAUCAAAUUCAAAGGACUCAAAUGGAAACUUAGAACGAAGAAUGAGUACAGCCUGGAGGCGGCUUAUUAUGGGCAGGAGACAGAAAUGAUCCCCAUGGAAGAGAGGAACAUCUUCUGCAGCACGUACAACGUUCGCAUCUUGACCGACACGUGGGAGCAGAACAGAGUGAUUCACUACUGCGGCGGAGAGCUGGUAGCCUUGGGGUCCACGGAUCGGAAGAUCAGGCUGCUGGACAUCUUCCAUAUGAAGGAGGUGCCACCUGUUUUCCAAGGCCACGCCGGCAGCAUCAGAGCCCUCAUCCUCUCCGAGAAGGACUCAUUUGUCCUCAGCGGGAGUUACGACUUGAGUAUCAGAUGCUGGAGUAUGGUCACUGGGACCUGCACCAGAAUUUUUAACGGUCACAUGGGAACCAUCACGGCCUUGGAUUUAUACGAAAACAGACUUGCAUCAGGAGCGAGGGACUGCCAGGUGAAAGUUUGGGACAUAAUCAGCGGGAAGUGCCUGAGAACCUUCAAACACAAAGAUCCUGUUCUGUGCACCAGGAUCGACGCCACCUACAUCGUGAGCGGCUGCGAACAGGGCCAGGUCAGCGUGUGGCACUUCGACUCCGCCACCCUGGUCAAGACUCUGAAUGGUCACGAAGGAGCAGUGAAGUGCCUCUGCUUUGACCAGUGGCAUCUCCUGUCGGGGAGCGUGGACGGCUACGUGUUGGGGUGGAGCAUGGUGGGAAAACACCAGCGAUGUUUGACGGCUUUCAAGCACCCAAGGGAGGUACUCCACGUGGCUUUCCUCUACCUCCGGGUCAUCAGCAGCUGCGCCGAUGGGAAAAUCCGGAUUUUUAACUUCUUGACCGGAGCCUGCCUGAAGGUCAUGAGAGUCAACAGCCGGGGUGACCCUGCCAACUCCUUCUACAUCAAAGGCAACAGGAUGGUUAUCAACACGGAGAGCAACAUCAUGAUGUUCCAGUUUGAGAACAUACAAUGGGAUUACGCUAACGGCCAGCCGAAAAUCGCCACCAAGUCCGUGAAACCCAAGGCCUUCAAGUCUCCCAAGCAGGGUCCUCUUCCCUAUCCUGAGGGAGCGUCAAGCCAAAAGCAGACGAAGCCCACCUCUCGCAAAGCUUCGGAAGAAAUUCAAGUCAAGGGAUGGGACUUUCCCAGGAAGCACUCCGUCCCCUCCGCUCCCUUCCUGCACCUGCCUCUCUCCGCAAGGAACAGGUCGCCUCCCGCAGGCUCAGAAGCCCAUCGCUCUCCAGCGGCGGAGGCGGCCGAGGUGAUUCUCUGGCAAGGAAAGAGACGGGGCCCGCGCCCGCCCAUGUCUCCGGACCGGCUCCUCCUGAGGGUCAGCACCCUGCAGCGGGCCCACAUGGCCAGCGCGGCCGGGAGCCAGGCGGGAGGUCGAGCACACGUCCGCGGUGCCUGGGGGUCGGCCGUCCUCCCCUCGAGCCGACCCAGGAAGGCGUUGCCCUUCAGGGGUCUGCCGUUCCCCGAGCCACCGGACGCGGAGGGGCAGGCCGAGGACGUCAGUCUCGCCCGGGGGUUGAAGAGGAUCAUGACGCCAUUUGAGAUCCAAAAGCUGCGACCCAACGUGAGGCGCUCCCUCCAAGGCCCCGACAUUCGCUCUCACAUCCCCGAGCCCGUGCUCGUGAGGUCCGGUUCCUGCGGCAGCCUGAAGAACAUACACAGGAAAGCGGAGCCCGACCCGGUCUGGAGGGCCGACGUCCACAGGGACGGGGAGGCGCGUCUGAUCGGCCGCCUGGUCGGCCUCCAGGCCAUCCGGCCCGAGCACAUGGUCAUCGGGAUCCCGUGGGGGACGGCCCCGCUCCCCAAGGAGAGGCCUCACCUCACCGUGCCCAACCCCUACCGUGUCAACAGUGGUUUCCGGCUGCUCACGGUGAAGGAGAUGGAGGAGAGCCGGGAUUCCCAGGUGGCCAAGUUCCAGGCCAUGAUGCCCACGGGCCCGGCAGACCCGGACAGGGCCCGCCGAAUUUCGUGGGUCCGGAAGAUCAAGGGCCUGCCGAUCGACAGAUUCAUGAAGGAGGGCAAGACGGCUGCCCCGGAGCUCGGCCGGAAUCUGUUUCUCUGAAUUAGGGGCGCCGCUGUCCCGUCGUGGGGGGACCGCGGGCAUCGGGGAGGGGUUUUUUUGGGCGGAGAGGAGGCCUGACCACUGCUCAGAUCUGCCACCUGGCACCUGGGCCCCGAGGAGGGAGCGUCUUAGAGACCGAGGGGAAGCUCUUACCCCGCGGGCGGUAUCCGGAGACGGGAGCAAUGAUCGGCGCUGACGGAAGCCUCUUUCCACACGGUGGUUGUCCCCACAGACGGGGCUGAGCCGUCGCAGCCUGCAUUCCCAGAGGCAGCAAUACCAACUGGCCAUGCCAGAAAU